AUGCAACUUGUCACUCUUUUGAUAUCAUUGAUCUGCUUGUUGUCAUGCCAUCAACACCAUACAGCGUGGGCUCAUCGUGGUGGUGGCAGGACAAGGACAUAUGAGCUCAAUAUCACGUCCGAAAAGAUUAACCCAGAUUGUCACAAUGAAAGCUAUCCACAUCUUUUGGUGAAUGGUCAAUUUCCUGCACCUCCUAUUCGCGUUACAAAGAACGACCAUGUCCACAUUGUUAUCCGCAACCACAUUGACACCAACCAAAGCACCACAAUCCACUACCACGGCAUUCUACAGAUUGGCACAUGCGAAGCCGAUGGUGUCCCUGGCAUAACACAAGAACCCAUCAAGCCGGGCGAGGAGUAUCACCAACGAUUCCAAGUCAUCAACCAAGCCGGCACGUAUCACUACCACGCUCAUGUGGGACUACACGACGACACUAUCAUUGGACCCUUCAUUGUAUAUGAAUCAGACGAGGCAUGGCCUGACGAUGAGUGUGACAACAACAACAAAAAGAAGCUCAAGGAUGGACCCUAUGAAUAUGAUGAUGAACGCGUGCUACUGCUAUCCGAGUAUUGGCAUAUGACAGAUGAGCAACGUAUGGCGUAUACGCUUGGCACAAGCUAUAGAGGCAUUGCACUUGCUGAUAGCUACUUGUUCAAUGGACGCACCGUGUAUGAUCCAAGCAAGAAUGACAGCAAAUGCCCUGGCUAUUCAGUUAUCAAUGUGGAGCCCAAUUCUGUUUAUCGACUUCGUUUCAUUGGGGGUGUCACAGCUGCAGUGCUUAGUCUCAACAUUCAUCAACACAAUUUCACCGUUAUCGAAGUCGAUGGCAACCUUGUCAAACCAUACGACGUCUCUUACUUGGAAGUUGCACCGGGUCAACGCAUGUCGGUUCUAAUGCGCACUUUGGAUGCAAAGGAUGGCGAAAGUUUCUUUAUCAAUUCGGCCCCACGGCAUGUAGCAGCAUCCUCUGGUAAUGGACGUGCUAUAUUAAGAUACAAACGGGCUUGUCAAAAGCAUCAAUCAGCCAUUGCAACACCAGCAGAUACAGCAAUGACAGCUACCGAUACGACACUUUUGCAUCUACCAGCAGCCAAAUCGCAAUGGAUCUUUCCCUAUUUGGAGCCACUCAAUGGAGAAGGCGUGGAUACCAGUGGACCCCCUGAUCGUACGGUGGUGAUUCGACCCUCGGAAAAAGUGAUGCCUGACAACACGACACGAUGGUUCUUGAAUGAUCGCUUAUAUGAAGAAUCGACGCAUAUGCCUAUCCUUCAUCGCAUUAUGGAGCAGUCUCAUCAUGAACGGCUCAACAUUCUCAAUUCAUCAUUAUCUGCAGUGGAUGGUUACGAUUCCAAUUUAGGGGCAUAUGUGACAGCCUACAAUGAAAUUGUUGACCUUGUCAUUGAGACCACCACCAUUGCCAAUGGCGUUUGUAUCGGGCAUCCAUGGCAUACGCAUGGGAUGGUGCAUCACACUUUGGCUUCAGGUCCUGGUGAAUACAAUCAUGAACGUGACAAGGAUAAACGCACAUAUCAAACUCCUGCAUUUGGUCGAGAUGUUACCUUUGUUUAUCCUGAACAACCGGGUCCUCCUCCAAUGACUCCAGGCGAUCAGCUUUGUGGGUGGUCAAAAAUCCGAAUUCAGACGACAAAUCCCGGAGCUUGGGCCGUUCAUUGCCAUAUCACUAUGCACAUGUUGCAAGGCAUGAUGAUGGCACUUGUUACAGCACCCGACAGAAUCCAUUAG